CCGGUGUCCGUGUCCGGUGUCCUGUGCGCGUGGCCGUGUCUGGCGCGCGUCCCCGCCCCCGCUCUCGUCCCCGCCCGUCCGGGGCGGGCCCGGCCGUGACGCGCUCCCGGUUCCUGCGGCGGGGCCGCGCCGCGAUGCAGGGGGAGGCGGUCACGCUGCAGCUCGGGCACUACUCGGGCUGCGUGGGCGCGCACUGGUGGGGGCUGCAGGCCGCCGCGCUGCGCAGCGCCCGGGAGCCCGCCGAGCUCCGCGCGGCCGCGCUGCUCCGGUUCGGGCGGGGCCCGGGCGGACCCGAGACGCCCACGCCGCGUCUGGUGGCGCUGGAGCUGAAAGGCGGCGUGGGCUCGCUCAGACCCGACGGGGCGGGCGCGGAGCCUCCGGUGAGCUGGGACGGGGCCGUGGCCGAUUACCGGGACCGUGGCUCGGACGGGGGCUGCGCGCCGCGGGACCCCGGGAGCUGCAGGGGAGACGCUGCCGGGGACAGGAAGGGAAAUCCCGGUGUUGCGGGGCCAGGUGCAGCUCCUGCGGGGUCCCAGGACGCUCCCUCUGUGCGGCUCUGGUCUGAUUAUCUCAACGUGCACCUGCACCCCAAAAGUGUCUACGUGAUCCGGCAGUACCUGCACGAUGGGGAUUGUGGUUGUCUGGAAGCCUUUGGGCAAGGUGAAAGUCUCCUGCAGGACCCUGCCUGUGUUGAGGAGCUGGAAGAUCGGUUGCAUUUCUAUGUUGAGGAGUGUGAUUACCUUCAGGUUCCCACUUUAUCCAAGCUCCCUUUGCUUUCAAGAAACUUUCUGCUCAAGAUGAAGCAGAAUCUGAGAUGCUGCCGUUGUUUCCCACAGGGGUUUCAGGUCCUCUGUGACCUUCACAAUGGAUUCUCUGGAGUUGGUGCCAAGGUGACAGAGCUGCUCCACGAUGAGUAUUCACGAAAAGGGAUCCUGACCUGGGGCCUGACUCCAGUCCUGAGUACUGUGGGAGAUCCUCAGAACAGUUUUUACAGACUGAUGAACACGGCCCUGGGCAUUGCCCACCUCUCUCGUCACAGCUCUCUCUUCUGCCCCCUGUCACUCAGUGGGAGUUUGGGAAUCAAGCCACAGCCUCCUGUGACAUUUCCAUACAUCAAAUAUGAGGCCUCCCUGAACUACCACAGCAGCGCGAUUUUGGCAGCAGCACUCGACACGCUCACGGCCCCCUACCGGCUCUGCUCCUCCCAGGGCUCCAUGAUGCACUUUGCUGAUUCCCUCACCUUCUCCGGGAGGAAGGUUGUGGCUGCGUGGGCAGCUCUCCCCUUCCCUGCCUUAUCCGGCUCCUCGCUCCUUGAUAUUUUAAGUGCCCACCAGCAGGAUGUGCCCUGGAAGCUUCUGUCCUCGUGGAGGGAGGAGCAAAAGGUCAGCUGCUGUUUUGCUCAGUCUGUUGUGCUACGAGGAAUUUGCCAAGAGAAACCCACCAGCAGCUGCCCAGGCCAGCCCCGGUCCCCCCUGCACAGCUGUGAGAGCCCUGAGCAGGUGCUCCAGCAGUUCUUGCACACCCACUUCCCAGGAGCCUUCAGCACAUCCCAUGUGCUCCAGCAGCCCUGUGACACCCGGCCUCCCUUCCCCCAGUUCUUCUCUCCUCUCCUGACCAGACGAGGUUUCCUCCUGGACAAAGCUCAGGGCUUUUCCUCAGCAGGUGUUGAGAGCAUGCCUGUGCUGGCUGCCCUGCAGAGCUCCCCUGUGCUGCACUCUCUGCUCUCAGGGCUGUGCCAGGAGCUGCAGGCACCGAACGUGCGGCGCUGGAGCAGCUUCUUCACAGCUGGGGUGGAACAGGAUGACUUCCAGGAGGCCCUGGAGGAGCUAAAGACUCUGUCCCAGUGCUAUGAAACAGGAUUUGGAGCAGAUGGAUCUGAGGAUGAAGCAGAUUCAGACUAACCCCACCUUUAUUACUGGGGGAAGUGACAGUGGCUUGAAGAUCACUCCCAAAAUAAAGGGAAUUGUUUUGGAAAUGGC